CUUAUCAGAAGCGGAAGAUGUUUUAGCUUUUUGGUUUUUGCCCAGCAUUGAACAAAACUACAGACAAAAGUGGUUUUCUUCAGGAAAAACCAAAGAAGUAGACUUGCAGAUAACACAAAAGUUUUUAACUUUAUUAAAAAAAGCGGAAGUUGAGGUAUUUUAAUAAGGAACUUUCUACUUGGAAGAAUUUUCCUAAAUCGUUUCUUGCGCUCAUCAUUGUUCUUGAUCAGUUUUCUCGACAUAUAUAUAGGACGAUUGAUAUAGAAAGAAAGCAGAAAAAUGAUAAAUUAGCUUUACAGUACUGUGAAGAAUUUUUAAGUAAAGGUUGGUUAGCCUGCCUCUCUGUAGAGGAGGCCUUAUUUUUAAUAAUGCCAUUGCGACACUCUCCCUCCAUCCCUAGAUUAAAUCGUGCUUUGUUUAUAGCAAAGAGUUUAAAAACGCUAACGGAAAGCAGAAAUAAUCUCAUUCAGAAGUUUUGUAAAGUAACCCAACGCAAACUUUAUGAACUAGAAGGUCGUUUGGGGAAUCCAGAGGAUAUAUUGGAAUUUCACGAGUUUCCGAGCGAUGACCAAGGAAUAAACGAAACAGCUCUUUUUAAAGUUAUUGAGUCUUUCUUCUGUAAGCAUCACGUUGUUAACUACAAGUACAUGAUGGUUUCUUUGUCCGGCGGCGUGGAUUCCAUGGUCCUUACGAAAAUCACGUGCGUCCUCUCUAAGAAAUUUUUGUAUCGAGUAGUAUGUCUUCACGUGGACUAUGGAAACCGCGUGGAAAGCGCAGCAGAGGCAAAGUUUGUGGAAGACUGGUGUUCUAAACUUGGUUGCGCUUUUCAUAAAGUUGACUGCGGAAAGUACACACGGAAUGAAACCCCACGUGGCGAGUAUGAGAAAAUCUCUCGUAUGUUCCGCUAUGAACUUUAUGUUAAGACCCUCUUUUAUUAUAAGAAUGACUGUCCAGGCAUUAUGGUCGGUCACCACGCUGGUGAUCUCCAGGAGAAUGUAAUAUCGAACUUAAUGAGAGGCUGCAGUCUUCUUGACUUGGGGGGGAUGGCAUCAACCAGUGUCGUCAACGGCGUAACCAUAUUGCGUCCAAUGCUUGAGAGGAGCAAAGCUGAAAUAUUAGACUUUGCUCAUACCUUUGGUGUUCCUUAUUUCAAAGACACGACACCAAAGUGGAGUAAUCGAGGCAAACUCCGAUCGCAUCUUCUGCCUUUGCUACAAGAGAUCUACGGCUCCGGCGUGACCAGCAACCUCUCCUCUGUUGCACGUGAUUCCUUUGAACUUAACGAGAUGACCAGAAGAUAUAUUUUCCAGCCGUUCUGGGACUCUGUUUGCAGAACUCCUCUUGGAGUCCACGUUGAUUGUGCUCCGUACGUUGACUUACCUUUAUACUUUUGGAAAGAGGCUUUACUACAUCUGUGUCACACCGUUCUUGGAAUUAGCAUGAUUUCUGAGAAGCCCAUUCAGCUAAUGAUGAAUAGACUUAAGAAUCCUGUUGUGACUCGACUUAUAAACCUUUCGAUGAAGAAGAAUUAUUUUUCCUACUUAUGGAACACCACUUUUGUAUUGUUCAAUCCAAAGUUCACUUCAGAAGUGCAUGAAAAUACGGCAGGGUUCGUGAUUAGGCAGGGGCAAACUCGCCUUCUGGGAAGGUGGACAGUCUCGGUUUCGCCAAGCAUUUCCGAGGGAGCACUUUCGGGGGUCGACUCCGAAAUCCCUGCGAUUCUUGAUGUUAUUUCCGGCCGUUUGAGCUAUUUCUUACCAUUUGCCGAGGAGUUUAUAGUUUCUCCAAUUAGGCCUCCAAAAAAAUACCGGCUUUUGGAUGAGAAAUUAAGAAGAAUCAUUCCUUUUAUUGCGGCGAAAAAUAAUGAUUCUUUGUCUAGCCGCAACGGCGUUAUAGUUAAAUUGUUUUUUGAAAAUAAGUAAUGGAAGGUUUACUUGUCUAUUGCAUGAAUUCUAAGAGUAUAUUAAUAAAGUUAUUUGUGUUA